GCUUUCUCCUGUGGCCAGGUCCCCGAGACUGCAAAAGGAACGUGUGUCUGGCGGUCGCGAUUAACAAAAUACCGGACAGCGACUGCAGCUCUGCUUUGCUCACCUACUGCCUGUCUGGUUGUGAGUGAAAAUCCAAAGGAAGACUGUUGUAAACUGAGCAAUUGACAAUGCAGCCAUGGGAGUUAAUGACCUUCAGAGAUGUUGCUGUAGACUUCACCCAGGAAGAGUGGGCAUUGCUAGACACAUCCCAGAGAAAGCUGUUCAGAGAAGUGAUGCUGGAGAAUAUCAAUCAUCUUGUCUCAGUGGGAUGUCAGGUCUGCAAAUCAGAUGUGCUGUCCCAAUUGGCACAAGGAAAGGAAGUGUGGAGAGAAGGAAGGGGAUUUCUCCAAAACCAGAGUCAAGGCAGAAAAAGUGCCUGUAAAAAGCAAGAAAUGAUAGUCAUGGAACUUUCCUGCAGGAAUGGCACUUCUAACAUGUCAUUGCAGAUAUCUCGCACUCAAAGGAAUUCCUUUCAAUGUAAUUAUUUGCUGGAAGAUUCCACUCUCAGAGCCACAGUGACUCAACAUGGAUUAAUUUCCAUGGGAAAGAAACCAUAUUUAAGCAAACCACUUGGAAAACUCCUCAGUGAUCAGUUAUCUUCUAAGCAUAGGCAGAUUCAUACUAGAAGUAAAUCAGAUGAAUGCCAUCAAAGUUCUAAAGUGUUUACUAAGAGUUCUGGCCACCGACAGUGCAGUGGAACUCAAACUCUAGAGAAACCCCAUGAAUGUCAUCUAUGUGGGAAAGCCUUUAGUCAAUAUUCUUAUCUUAGACUACAUGAGAGAAAACACAGUGGAGAGAAACCCUAUGAAUGCCAUACAUGUGGGAAAGCCUUCUUUGAUUGUUCUGACCUCAGAAAACAUGAGCGAACUCACACUGGAGAGAAGCCCUAUGAAUGUAAUCUAUGUGGAAAAACCUUCAGGCAAUCUUGUAAUCUUCAAAAACAUGAGAGAACUCACACUGGAGAGAAAACCCAUGAAUGCCAUCUAUGUGGGAAAGCCUUCAGUGAACAUUCUAAUCUUAGACAACACGAGAGAACACACACAGGAGAAAAACCGUAUGAAUGCCAUACAUGUGGGAAAGCCUUCCGUCAUAGUUCUGCCCUCAGAGUACAUGAGAGAAUUCACACUGGAGAGAAACCCCAUGAGUGUCACCUAUGUGGGAAAACCUUCACACAGUCUUCUAGCCUUAGAGACCAUGAAAGAACACACAGUGGAGAGAAACCCUAUGCAUGUCAUACAUGUGGGAAAGUGUUUCGUCAUAGUUCUACUCUCAGACAACAUGAGAGAACUCACACUGGAGAGAAACCCUUUGAAUGCAAUCUAUGUGGAAAAACCUUUGGUCAAAAUUCUCGUCUAAGGAAACAUGAGAGAACACACACUGGAGAGAAGCCAUAUGAAUGCCAUACAUGUGGAAAAGCUUUCAUUUGUUGUUCUUCUCUCAGAGGACAUGAGAGAACUCACACUGGGGACAAACCCUAUAAAUGCAAUACCUGUGGGAAAGCAUUCAUUCGUUGUUUUUCCCUCCGACAACAUGAGAGAACUCACACUGGAGAGAAACCCUAUGAAUGCCAUCUAUGUGGGAAGACCUUCAGGCAAUCUUCUACUCUUAGAGAACAUGAGAAAACACACAGUGGCGAGAAACCGUACUCAUGCCAUAGAUGUGGGAAAGCCUUCCGUCAUAGUUCUGCCCUCAGACAGCAUGAGAGAACUCACACUGGAGAGAAACCCCAUGAGUGUCAUCUAUGUGGAAAAACCUUCAGGCAGUCUUCUCGUCUCAGAGAACAUGAGAGAACACACAGUGGUGAAAAACCCUAUGCAUGCCAUACAUGUGGGAAAGCCUUCAGUCAUUAUUCUCAACUUAGACGACAUCAGAGAACACACACAGAAAACCUAUGAAUGCCAUAUGUGUGGGAAAGUCCUCAUGUAUUUUUCUACAGACAAUCUGAGAACACAGUGUCAUGAAACCCCAUGAAUGUCAUCUAUGUGGAAAAGCUUUUCUUCUAGUUCUGCCUUCAGGUAACUUGAGAGAAUACUUAAUGGGCAGAAGCCAUAAGAAUGUCAUCUACAUGGGAAAACCUUAAUUUUUCAGUUCUUAGGCAACGUGAAAUUAAUCAAAUUCGAGAGAAAUGCUGUGAGUAUCAUCAAUAUGUGAAAGGCUUUAGUCAAUAUCUUGACCUUAAAUGAGAUGAGAAUUGUCACACUACAGGUUUUGAAUAUGGAAGAGAUUUCAACCAUAGCUUUAACCUUCAAACACACCGGAGAAGUGAUAGACUGAAGAAACAGUAUGUUCAUAAUCAAUAUGGUAGUGCCUUUUGUGUUCAGUACAAUUUCAGUUAACAUAAAUUCAUACAGGAGAGAAACUAUGAAUUCCAUCUAUGUAGAAAAGCACUUAGUAGAUGAUUUGAUAUGAGAAGUCACAAGAUAAAUCUUAUGGAAGUGGAGAGUCCCCAUCUACCACUCUAACUGAUAUGCAAGCCAGAGAAAUUACAUGUGAGAAAUUAUUUGUACUCAAUAUGAGUGACCUAAUUUAUAAUUUAUUCUUUAAAUAAAAUAAGUGGACUCCAUAGGAAUGAAACACUAAGUCUGUAAUUAUUGUGCACUGUCAUUCAAUGAAACACAAGCCUUGCUGUGCUCAAAUAAAAUUCAACUUAGGAAUGAUGAAAUGAGAGGGAAAAGUUUUUAUUAGGAUGGUGAAACCACUUGGGUUAGAUCCAGAAAUUUCAGUUUCAUGUUGGAGAAUGUAUUAGAUGUAAAAUCAUGAGAAAUCAUUUAUUUGGAAUUUGGGAAGGUUGUGAGCAUGAGAUAGUGUCUUUGUGGGGGUAUGUAUUUAAUAGGAUUGGGCAAAUUAUUACAUACCUGGUGGCUGAGUUAUAUAGAGAUGAGUGGUGGAAAUGCUAUAGGUUAGGGCAUAGAAUGUGAGGUCUGUGAUUUGGUAUUCUAAUAGGGUAAAUGAGUAUGCUUCUAUGGUUGUUUCUAAUGGAUGAGUGAUGAACAUUUUUUGGGUCAGUGAUUAAAUAAAUGAAGGUUAGGAACAGAAAUGUUUGCUUUGUUUCAAGUCUUACAGGGAACAAUAUUUCAUCUCAUUAACUGCAGUAUUUAUCAUUGUGUUAGAGGGUUCUGCACACAGUAGUUCACUGCUUCAAGUGGAGAACCACAUAGUUCCCAAUUCCUCUCUAAUUGCCCAUUAUGGAUUAUUAAUCAGAACCCACUGAAAUAAUCAUCUUAAUAAUCAAAGAGGUAAUAGAUUUGAAAAUCUAUAGGGCCCAUCGGCAAUGCCAUUAUGAU